UUGUUGUAAAGACUCUUCUUCCUCCAUGUCAUUGUUUUCACACCUUGUCAAAGACCAGUUGAUAUUUUUCGUGUGUCUAUUUCUGGACUCUGCACUCUGUCCCAUGGAUCUAUGUGAUUAUCCUUUCGCUGAUACCACGUUGUCCUGGCUUUAUAAAGUCUGGUUGUCCUGGUUUUAUAAAGUCUGGAAAUCAGGCAGUGACCACACCUACCUUUUCAGCAUGUGGUUAUUAUUCCCCUCCCACUUUACAGAUAAGGAAACUGACCACAGUCGUGAUUAGAUGUCUCGCUUAUAGCCUCCUUUAUAUAAAACGUUAGCUGCUCAGCACAUACUCAAACUCCAUAUCUUCUCAUCAGCCUGGCCUGAUGUUCAGAGUGUGGUCUUUGGAAUCUGGUUUGGCUUUAAGCCUUGGCCCUGCUUUUGUUAGGUGUGUGGCCCUGGGAGAGUAACUUUCAUCUCUCUGUGCCUCAGUUUCCCUAUCUGUACAAUGAGUGUAAUAAUGGUACCUUCCUUAUAGAUCGUGAUGAAAAUGAAAUGAGACCAUUUACGAGGUCAGACCCUGUGAAAUUGCUGAUAUUUGAUCAUUUUUGAUGGGCACGCCUGGUAGUUUGGCACAGUUCAGCCUAAAAUUCAAGUGUUCCUCAUAGCACUAGGCAGAUGAGAGGCUCUGUACGCAUGGCGGUAUCCAUAGCCAUCGCUGCCACAGUCACAAGUACUGCUGCUGCCCCUGCCCUUACACUGUUACCGUUGAGGGCGGUGGCCCGAGGCUGAUGGUUCGUCUCCCCUGUGUCCUCAGUCAGGCGGCCGGAGUCCGCCAAGGCGUUCCUAUGUGACGAGCUUCUUGCGAGUCUUCAAAUUGUAAGCGGGCCUCUGGGAACAGAAGUGCCCACCUGGUACAGACGAGCGUGCCAAAUGCGGAGGGAGAAGCUUGGUGGGAAGUAGUGGGGAGGUUGGCAGGACUUCCCAGGUGGGGCCUGUUAGGUGGGCUCUACAGGAUGACUGGGAGUUUGGGAUGGGAAGAACAUUCCAGGUGCAGGUUACAGCUUGUGCAGAGGCUUGAAAGGGGGACGGGCUCAGGGGAGCCUGAGGUUUGAUUCUGGGGUGGAGAAGCCAAUGGUGACCUAGAAUGGGUUCACAAAUCACCCCCAUCCUUUCCCUCCACAGGUGGCCCUGCUUGGCCAUACAUCCUUGAGGAGCUGAAUCUAGCAGACCUCUCCCACCUCUGCCUCCGCCAUGGCUGCAAGAACCAUCGUCAUCGACCACGGGUCUGGCUUUCUGAAGGCUGGCUUGUCGGGGUUCAAUGAGCCCCAGAUGGUCUUCCCGAGCAUCGUGAACUACAUCCCUUGCAGGGAGAACCCCGGCCCCAGCUAUGCCCGGCGGCGCGUGAGCCUAGGCAUCGAUAUUUGCCGUCCUGACACCUUUAGCUACCCCAUCCACCGUGGCCGUGUCCUCAACUGGGAGGGUGUGGAGCACAUCUGGUCAUUUGUCCUAGAGAAACACAGGCUGAAGAAUGAGGACUCCCCUGUGAUGGUCACAGAGUUCCCCCUGAGGGAGCCUGCGGACCGUCAGAAGACCCUGGAGAUUAUGUUUGAGUUAUUGGAUGUCCCGUCCAUCCUCCUGGCUGACCAGCUGGAGAUGUCCCUGUAUGCCUCUGGCCUCCUCACCGGCGUGGUGGUAGAUUCAGGCUACGGCCUGACCCGCGUGCAGGCUUUCCAUCUGGGCUGCCCCUUACGGUCCAGUGCUAAGAUGCUGGAGCUUGCAGGCCAGGAUCUGUCGGCCUAUCUCUUCAAGAGCCUCUUUAAGGAAGAUUACAAUCGACACAACCUGUUUCAGCUGGAUACGGUGGCCACCACUCAGAUGACCAAGUGCUACGUGCCACAGAAUCUGGGGGAGGCACUGGACUUUUGUCAGAGCCUGCCGCGAGGCUCCGAUGAGAAUAACACCUAUCAGCUCCCGGACGGCACCCCCGUGGAGCUGACCCCCAUGCAGCGGCUGGCUCCUGAGAUGUUCUUCAGCCCCGAGGUGUUCGACCUGCAAGGGCCCAGCAUCUCCCAGGCCGUCCUGGAUUCCAUCGAGACCUGUGAGGCCUCCAUGCACCCGCUGCUCGUCUCCCACCUGAUGGCCUGCGGGGGCAACACCCUCUAUCCUGGCUUCACCAAGCGUCUGUACAGGCUGGUUGCUGAUCAUUUCUCCUCCACCAAGGCCACCAUGUGGGUGGGUUCCAACAGGAAUUUUAGUGUUUGGCUAGGAGCGUCUGUAGUGGCUCAUCUGUCGACGUACAAGUCUAAGUGGAUGACCAAAGAGGAGUAUGAUGAGAGUUUAAAGCUGUGACGGGCUGGCUUGCUCCUGGAACCCAGCUCCCAUCAGAUGGGCAUGGGUUGAUUCAUUUCAGCAAAAGGGGCUGGGCGGGGAUGGGGUUAGCUGGCUUUGGAAUUCAAAGGUCCUGAGGGAUUUUUUUUUAGGUUCUAGGGUUUUAUCUUGUUUCAGGAGUGGGAUGCAACCCAUGGGAGAACAGGGUGUCAUCCCUGGAAACCUUCCAGGGGGUUGGUCUGUCACUGGGAUGGGAGCGGCCAGCUGCCAUCUCCAUGCUUAGUAGCUACUUAUUUGUCCUGGCAUCUCCCUUGGGUUGUCCCAUUCUUUUGGUUGAGUAGGUUUUAACG